GGUUUGACUGUGACACCUGUGAGAAAUAUUUGGAAGUGUUUGACUGUGACACCUCUGAGAAACUUGGGGAAGGGUUUGACUGUGACACCUCUGAGAAACUUGGUGAAGGGUUUGACUGUGACACUUCUGAGAAACUUGGGGAAGGGUUUGACUGUGACACCUCUGAGAAACUUGGGGAAGGGUUUGACUGUGACACCUCUGAGAAAUAUUUGGAAGGGUUUGACUGUGACACUUCUGAGAAACUUGGGGAAGGGUUUGACUGUGACACCUCUGAGAAACUUGGGGAAGGGUUUGACUGUGACACCUCUGAGAAAUAUUUGGAAGGGUUUGACUGUGACACUUCUGAGAAACUUGGGAAAGGGUUUGACUGUGACACCUCUGAGAAACUUGGGGAAGGGUUUGACUGUGACACCUCUGAGAAACUUGGGGAAGGGUUUGACUGUGACACCUCUGAGAAACUUGGGGAAGGGUUUGACUGUGACAACACUGAGAAACUUGGGGAAGGGUUUGACUGUGACAACACUGAGAAACUUGGGGAAGGGUUUGACUGUGAUACUUCUGAGAAACUUGGGGAAGGGUUUGACUGUGACACCUCUGAGAAACUUGGGGAAGGGUUUGACUGUGUCCCGGUGAGGCUGGUAGGAGGGGAGAGCGUUAAUGAGGGCAGAGUAGAGGUGUACCUCCAGGGGACCUGGGGGACGGUGUGUGACGAUGGAUGGACAGACGUAAACGCAGAGGUGGUGUGUCGACAGCUGGGAUACAGUGGAGUGGCAAAGGCCCGUGUGAUGGCGUAUUUUGGCGAGGGGGAGGGGCCUAUCCAUGUGGACAACGUGAAGUGUUCCGGCGAAGAGCGUUCAUUGGUCGACUGCCUCAAACAGCCAACCGGGACGCAUAACUGUCGCCAUAGCGAAGACGCCGGGGUCAUCUGUGACUACGGCCAAUCACAGUUCAGCGACACAGAGGGCAAAGGUACGGUGGAGUCUGUGUCAGAUCCUGUCUGUGGGUUGAGGCUGAUACAUACACGCCAACGCAGAAUCAUAGGAGGAGAAAACUCACUGAGGGGAGGCUGGCCAUGGCAGGCUGCGGUGCGUCUCAGAGGCUCUCGGGGGGACGGAAGGUUGGUGUGUGGAGCGACUCUCAUCAGCUCCUGUUGGAUACUCACCUCAGCUCACUGCUUUAAGAGGCAUGGUAACAGUACUAAACAGUACAAGGUGAGGGUUGGGGAUUAUCAUUCUCUGGUUCCCGAGGAGUUUGAGGAGGAGUACGCUGUCGAUCAGAUCGUCCUGCACCCUAGCUACCGUUCCCACAGCAACGACUACGACCUGGCCUUGGUGCGUCUGUCGCCGGGAGUGGCGGGGAAGGGCCGCGGUCGAUGUGUGGCGUUCAGUCGCCACGUCCUGCCCGCCUGUCUGCCGCUACGCAAGGAGAGAGUCCUGAAACAGGCUUCCAACUGUCACAUCACAGGCUGGGGGGACACAGGUCGCUCCUACUCUAAGACCCUCCAACAGGCUCCUCUCUCCCUCCUCCCCCGUCGUCACUGCCAACAGCGUUACCACGGAGCCUUCACUAGCCGCAUGCUCUGCGCCGGGACAGACGGCCAAUCGGAGCGCCGCGUGGACAGUUGCCGUGGAGACAGCGGCGGCCCGUUGGUGUGUGAGCGUCCGGGCGGAGGGUGGGUCGUGUACGGUGUGACGUCGUGGGGUCACUCCUGUCGCACGCAACACUCACCUGGCGUCUACACUAAAGUCUCCGCCUUCACACCCUGGAUACACAAGGUGAUUGGACAAUGAGAGGGAUACAGGAACUGGAUCGUCAAGGUGAUUGGACAAUGGGAAGAAUAUAGGAAGUGGAUCUGCAAGGUGAUUGGACAUUGGGAUAAGGGCAUGAAGAGAUGACAGCCAAUGUGAGACAGUGGUAGAUAACGGACUGGCCAAUUGAGAAGGACUAUAUUUGGAGCUUGUAAUUUGAUUGGUCAGUAAAAUAAGUGGUUUCAAACCAGUUGAAAGACCCCUGUCUCUAUUUCAUAUCCAUCCCUCCCCCUUUACCCCCUCUCUCUCUCUCCUUUCCCCUCUCCUCUUCCUCCUCGUUCCCUCUCUUCCUCCUCGUUCCCUCUCUCUC